CUGUGUUCAUCCGCCAGCGUAGUGAGAAGAGUGAGAGAGAGACGGCAAAACCGGAAGUGGGAUUAAUAAGGCGGAAGGCACUUCCUGUUAACUCGAAUGAGGAUACUGGAGGCGGAGGAGGAAGAAGAAGUUAUAGAAACCGUGGCGGAGCUGUAGUCGAGUGACCAGCACCGUCAGCAGGAAGAAGUAAAAUGAAAACUGGUUGCAGUAUUGGUGAAAAACCAAAAGGAGGGGGAGGUUAUCAUUUCCCAGAUUGGGCUUACAAGGCAGAGUCCAGCCCUGGCUCUCGCCAGAUCCAACUAUGGCACUUCAUCUUGGAGUUGCUGCAAAAGGAGGAGUUCAGGCAUGUCAUUGCCUGGCAGCAGGGGGAGUAUGGCGAGUUUGUCAUCAAGGACCCGGAUGAAGUGGCAAGACUGUGGGGCAGGCGCAAGUGCAAACCACAAAUGAACUAUGAUAAACUGAGCCGGGCCCUAAGAUAUUAUUACAACAAGAGGAUUCUUCAUAAAACAAAAGGAAAGCGAUUCACUUAUAAGUUCAACUUUAACAAGCUGGUUAUGCCCAAUUAUCCUUUCAUCAACAUACGACCCAGUGGUGCAGUACCUCAAAGUGCCCCACCUGUCCCAACGGCUGCCUCCCGCUUCCAUUUCUCAUCAUUAGAUUCCCCCAACGAAGAUGCUCAGGCAAGUCACUUCUCUAGGAAUUCCACAGCACAGUCCAGCCAUGAAUCUUUAAAUGAUGUUUGUGACCGCAAACUAAAUUCUUCAGAGUCUGAUGACCUAUCUUCAGAAUGGCGCCGUGGUGCAGACCUUAUGUCCUCUAGAAAUUCUAUCUCCCAGGGUGCACACAACCUGCAGAAGCACAAAUCUGAAAUAAUGCUACCCUUGUUCUCUAUGCCAGGAAUGUACAGUGAUCCUCAUAGCCCCUUUGCUGUGUCACCUCUUCAUCAACGUGGAGGAAUGCUGAACAUGCCCAUCUCACCAGCCUUAUCUCUGACUCCGACAGUUUUCUCCUACAGUCCAUCACCAGGACUGAGCCCAGCUUUUCAAAAUGGCAGCUGCUUCAACUUCAACCCUGAAGAGAUGAAACACUACCUGCAGGCUCAGGCCUGUUCUGUAUUCAACUACCACCUUAGUCCACGGACAUUGCCAAGAUACCCUGGCUUUAUGAUGCCACCACCCCAUCGUUCUUUUCCACCUGAUGAGCAACCAGCUUUCCCUAUAAAGUUGCAGCCUCCUCCAAUGGGUCGUAAGAAUAGGGAGCGUCAGCAGAGUCCUGAAGACAAACUAGCAAUCCCUCAACAAACUCCUGUCCUUCCAGUCUUAAAAGUAGAGCCAAUUUCUGAUGAUGAACCUCUCUCUGAUGAUGACCUUUAUUCUUCAGAUCAUGUGGAAAAAGAGGAUUACAGCAGUGAUGAGGAACCAGCUAAACUCACACCAAACCAGGAUGCUGAAACAGUAGGGCAUAUGUUUGCCAGACCUGCUGUUCCAACUUGGAAACCAUUGCCACCAACACCUAUGGCGUCCUCUUACCCUAAAGGGAAUGAGGAAGAGCAAGAUGAAGCUGACUAUAAAGUCGUAAAACACACUUAUCAUGAGGCAGUUGCAGUGGAAAAGAAAGAAGACUCUCUUCCACCUAAGCUUCGCCUUAAACGCCUUUGGAAUGGUGAUAGGCAAGUGGAGGGCAUGGAUGACAGAGAGUGCAGAAAAGUCAGCUGCAUUAUUAAUGGUAUGCGCUCUCCAGCCCUCCUCCCAGAAGCUAAGGUAGUAGCUGCUGCCAUUGACUCUUAGUAUUGGAAUUGAAUAAAGGAUGUGUUUUAAGAAUCUUAUUUAUGUAGCAUUGCUGCAGAAAGGAUGAGUUUAAAGGCAUGUUUUUUUUGUUUGUUUUUUUUCCCUCCAGACUUUAAUAUCGUAGGUGAUGCAUAUUUAGUAUUUUAAAUUUGAGGUUACAGGGAGAAUAUUACCUCUAAAGUAUGGGGAAAGACUAUAUACGGAUUACAGAUCCAGGUGUUGACUUGGCUUUUGUUUGCUUUUGCCUGCUAGGUGGUAACAUCUAGCUUCAUUAACCUUGCUUUAAUAAGAGUGGUUUAUUUGUGGUGUUGCAUCUCUACUGAAGACUUACAGCCCAGUAAAAAAAAAUGGAGUGGAGUAAUCUAGCACUUGAUUGUCAGUAACUGUUAAUAGUUCCUUUUCCACUUAAUCUAAUCAUGUAGUCUUGCUAUCAUGGAAGAUGUCCUAAAAAGUAAUGGAGCCCUCUUAAAAACAGAGGCCUGCCAUUGUUGAAAAUGUAACUUUGCUAAAAUUUAGCAUUCCUUUUUAUAUCACAUUAAUCAUUGCUAAUUCUUAGCCCUAGCUUUUCAAUUCCUAUGCUACAGUGUAUAAAUAGUAGUUUCACCCCUGUCCUUUAUGAAAAUUGCAUUAUUGGAAACCUCAGCCAAUGUAACUGAUCUUAAAUCAGUUUAAAGUGGCACUAGUUAAUACAUUAUGAAAAAUACAUCAAACUCAUCUUGUCAUAAGACCUAAAUAGGCCUUUUUAUUGUCUGCCUGCAUUUUAUAUUUAGUGAAAUCCUAUUGUUCUAGUUAGUGGAACAUACUGCAGUAAUUCCUGACAGGGGAAAAUCCGGAUGUGCAAUUUUGUGGUUAAAUGACCCGCAGGAAGAGCAGCUUAGCAAAUAGAGGAAGGCACGAGGAAUUAAAACAAAAAGAGAGCCUUGUGUUCAGCUGUUGGUCUUUCCCCUUUGUGCUAUGCCAUUUUAGCAGGUCUGUUCACAUUUCCUCCUUGUGACGUCCAAACAUUCCUGGCAAUAAAUGAAAAAUAAAUGCCUUGGCUACAAGCUGUAAACCUUUUCAACCUAGAGUCAUGAGUCACAGUGUAAUCCACCAGAUUAAAAUCCAAGGUAAAAAAGUGUAUAUAAAUGACAGUCCUGAUACUUAAGCAUUUGUAAUGUUAAAGCACUGUUUAACAGUUUUCAAAUUUGCUUGCACGGGUAAAUUGGAAACGUAGAUUUGCAGAUUUUUAUUUUUUUUUCCUCUGCGUCAGUUUCUUUCCUAAUAUAAUUUUGAAAGUAAAAUCCUAAAAAGAAUUUAUGUUCUCCAACCUAACUACCUACUCUAAUAUAACCAAUGUUUAUCACCCCUCUUUUAAUAAACAUGUAUUGUCGGUUUUAUAUAUAGCAUCAAAUCAGCUAGGCAACCUCACAUUCUUACAUGCAUUUCAAGACUCUUGCACUGCUUUUUUUUAAAUUUAAGUUCCUAUUCUAGUUUUGAAUCUAAGGAAAGUAGAUGACCUUGGUACUAACAAAGAUAUUUGUACAAAAUCAGUUUUCAUACAAGUGUUAUGGGCUAGGUAAAGGAAGUAUGUAUUCAGUUAAAGAAAAUUCAAAGAAAUAUUCUGUUUUAGUCAUUGAUGUAUCCUCUGCUCAAGGCAUAAAUUAAUUUUCAGGGUUUUGUCACUGGAAGGAACGCAGUGGAGCAAGAUUGCAAUGAGCUAGAAAGCAUUGUUUUAUGAAAUGCUUGACCUCAAGGCUCUAGGCAUCUAUUGGGGGAAGAACCAGUUUUAUCUGAGGCCUGAAACAGAUUACAGAAAUCUGGUGUUGAUCUCCCAUUUUUUUCUUUUUUAAUUGUGGAUUUGGUUUAAUUUCUUUUUAUGUACUACAGGGUAGGGUGAAGUAGAGGUCAUCAAGUGAAAUGCGUAUACAAUGCAAAGUAGUGUGUGUGUGUGUACAUUUUAGUCUUUUAUGUUUGGUUUUAGACCGUGGCUUUUUCUUUUCACACUUAUUUUAUUAUGGUCUUAAAGGAACACAAAAUAGAAAACCCGCUUUGCAUUAUUUUAAAAUUAAAACCUGCUUUUAUAUUUUUCUCUGAGAGUUUUAGAUCUGUGCAAAUCUGUGUUCAUGCUUGACUUUCACGCUUAGUGUCUUGCACUUUCACAAAAAUAAAUCAGUCUAAAAAAAGAGCCGACUUCUGCGAACGGCUUUCAGCUUCCGCAUUCGGUUGGUUACCACAUUCACAAAUGCAUAUCUAGUGUCCAAGUUGUUUAAAUGAUUUUGCUUGGGACAAAUAGAUCCAGUUUCUUUUCCAUUUUGCCUUUAUUCACUUUAUCAUUUAGCCUGGAGAUAUGGAGAGCUAUAUUCACUGAAUGCUUAAAGUAACAUAAAUGCCAAUAGUACUUUGGGGCUGUAUAGCUCCAGCAUAGUGUUGUAAGGCACUUUACUGCACAAUGUGUGUUUAGAAUAAUUUUUUUGUUCAAUCUAAAUUACGUUUUAUUUAGUUUUAUAUUACAUCACUGCCGAAAUGAGACCAUUUUUCCUACUUUUUAGACUAAUGUAAAAAAAAAAUACCUUUUGUAGACCAUCUAAGUCACUUGCCAACAUGUGCUGUAGUAUUAUUAUUAUUAUCA